CUUUUGACAAAGUGCCAUUCGACAGACAAGUUAACGUGCAACAUAGUGUGCCUCCAAAGAUUGAUUCUGCAGCAGUUUGUACAUCCUGUGCAAGUGUUGAGUUAAAAAGAGUAAAAGUAAAACGAAAACAAAAACAAAAAAGCGAUAAAAGAAUUGUAUCUAAUUUGAAAACAACUUUAAGCAAUUAAAAGAGAAUUUCCAAGUGGAGAAAGCGACGAACGCAGGAAUAAUAAUGAAGCGGUUUUACUAUGUACUCUGUGUCUGUUUGUUGUCGUGCAAUGUUGUGCGCGCCUCCUUCUCCCACCUGCAAGCGAUCGAUUUCUCGCAACUGCAACAGCAACAGAAAUCAUCACUUACCCAACAACAGCAACAGGACCAGCAAUCGUCAGAGCAAACCGACACCACCACUGACUCGUCCGAGGACUACGACAGCCAUCCGCAGUACAGUUUCGCCUACGAUGUGCGCGAUACAUUGACCGGUGACGAAAAGCAGCAGGAGGAGAAGCGUGAUGGCGAUCUAGUGCAGGGACAGUACUCGCUCGUUGAACCCGAUGGCACUCGCCGUGUUGUGGAGUACACCGCUGACGACAUCAAUGGAUUUAAUGCCGUUGUAUCUAAGCAGCUCGUUGACGAACGUUCUCGCGCCUCCGCCUCUGCCUCGGCCAGCGCUUCCUCAUCGCGCUACAACAGCUUCGAAACCAUACAAUCGCAAAUUCAGGCACAAGCCAUCGCCGAAGCGCAAGCACAGGCCGCCUCCUAUGCCGAAGCACAAGCGCUCGCCGAGGCUCAACUGCAGGCGCAAGCCAAGGCCCACGCCGAAGCCAUGGCUCAGGUACAAAGCGAUGCUGAAUUGCAGGCGCGCAUUCAAGCGGAGGCCCAGGCGCGCUCUCAGGCCCAGCAACUGAUGGAGCAGUUUCAGCAGCAGUACAAGCAACAACAGCAACAGCAGCAGGAACAGCAGGAACAAUUGGCACAAUUGCAGCAGCAGCAACAACAACGCCAACAGCAACAACAACAGCUGCGUUCACAAAUUCAGCAAUCUCAGGAGCGUCUAACCAACGAGCAAGCGCUACUGAUUUCGCAGUCUCUGCCCUCACGCACGCUGGGGCAUAGUGUGCACGCCACAGUUGUCUCGCACCCGCCCACCAUCCUUACGCGCACACCCAGCGGCAGCGUGUAUGCACAGCAACGCGACAUUACCACCCUGAAAGAGCUGCGCGAUGGCACCCAACGGCAGAUGAUCGAACGCACUACGCUCCCGCAAAUCGUCAUCACCCAACCGGCUAGCGCCACGGUGCAGGCCCAGGUCAUACACUCGCCGCUUUUGUUGGACGGCAGCACUGGCACGACGGGCAUGCGCAGCGUCAUCUCUACGAAAAUCACCAACGCCGGCGGCAAUAGUGGACGCAGCAGCAGUAUUUCGCUCCGUGGGGACGCCGGACGCUUGAGUGCCACCGAACAGCUGCUCAACCAGCUGGAUAACGACGGCGAUGAUACAUUGACGCGCAGCAGCUUGAGGCUGCUUGGUGGCAGUAGCGCCAGUGGCAGUAUCAAAGGACGCGGCGGUAGCGGCAGCAGUGGACUUAGCAGCUUCGAUGGCAGUAGCAGCGGCUCCGAUGAGCGGGGCAACAGCCGCGAUGAUAGUGGUCUGCGCAGCGGACUAAGGACGUCAAAUCGACGAUUGCAAACACUUUUCUCAAGCAGCGGCAGUGGGUCGAGCGGCAGCGCAAGUGGCAAGUCCACAUGGUAAACGACAAUAAUAAGACAAUAACAACAAGCACAUUCAAUUAUUACAUCAAACGAAACACGAAAAAAAAAAUAUUUAAAUUUCAACGUAGGUAUGCGGAGAGUAGGACGAAAAUGCAAACGAAUGAGUAGAAUAGUUAAUACCAUAAAAAAUGAAUUUAGAAAAAAUGAAAAAAUUUGUAGCGGGGAGAAGUGAAAGAUGAAGCUGAGAGCAAUGAGCUGUAUUCAAGUAUUCGCGGAAAGUAUUCAGGAGUUUAGUGUGAUCAACAGUCAGUAACGAUUUGGCAACAGACCCCAGCUAACGCACAACGGACUAUGAGAUGACAACAACGCCACCAGAAAUGGCAAUAACAUAGAUUUUAGCUUUAGCUAUUAGUUUUCCUUUAUUUUUUCCUUUUUCUCAAUAGCAUUAAUUUACUAACCCACUUGCGGUAGCGAACUUUUUAUCUAGUUGAAUUGAGCUUUUAUAUUCAUGUAUCUAACUGGGUUUUGGGAGAACUUUAACUGUCGCUUUUUGCUUACGCUGCAUACCCUAGGGCGCGCGCGCUACAUACUUACCAAGCCACCACUAACAAAUGCUUCCACUACGCUUUUUACAAGAACACACAAACGUGAAUACGAGACAAGAACGUGCACAGAGAACUGAGAAUGCUGAGAGCGAUGAGAGCGAGAAGAGCACAAAUAUAAAUGUAAUUAACGCAAAUACUUCUUGGAUAUUUAAAUAACUGCAACUACUCAUUUUACUUUGUGAUUCAAACUAACUUUAUUAUCUAGCUUUGCAAUAUUUUAGAAGCAGAAUUUAUUUGCUUUUUUAGUUGACUUAUACUAAUUGUAUGAAGUUUGUUUUAUCUCGUUGUCUUCUGU